AUGCCGCUGCAGCCUGCCGCCCAGUGCCACUUGCACACGGUCUGCCCCACCGCGCUCACGUCUCUCGUCGUAAAUACGGUCGCCGCUGCCGUCCACGCACCGGGCGACAAUAACAAUACCAACACCAACCACAGCGCGGAGGACGCUGCCAAGCGCGCGCAAGCGCUCAAGGAACACACGCACCACACCACGUGGCGGGGCUGCCGAAGCGCCCAUGUCUUCUUAGCUGAGUCCUCUUCGACCACAAGCCACUUUGCCUUUUCCUGCUUGAACGUUUUCAACAUUAUGCCCUUGUCCGCCGUCGCGCAGUGCGUCCUCCAUACAGUCUGUCCGAGCGUCCUCGCCACGAUGGUCGUCGCCGGCGUCUCGCACACGCUGCAGCACCACGCGAUUCAUGACCCGGAGCUCCGCCACGAGCACGCCAAGGAACACAUGCUGCACACGACUUGGCGCGGCUGCCGCUGA